AUGUGCGUUCUACAAGACAUGUGGAAGAACAUCUCAGAUGCUGCUCACAAAAANGUGGUCGAAGCAGAUUCCUUUCUACUAGACGAACUCUUCAUGACAUAUGAUAAAACUGAAAGACAAAUAACAGGUGGAAAGUUAUUUCCACUGUUUAAAGUUAUCCAAGAAAAACUAAAAUUUAGGUACAUUAUAGUGCACCCGAUAGAACAAGCGCCUGAAUAUAGAGAUAAAAGUGGUAAGUGGAAGGGAUAUACAGGACAAGUUGUAAACCAAGAAGCAGAUGUGUGCUUUGUACCUGUAGGCGUCACUCAUGAACGCUUCUCUGCAAUGGAAUUCACAUCCGUUUUUGCUUUUUAUCCUAUGGUUUUUCUUAUUAAAACUCUGGAUAAGGUUAUUGAUUGGAAUUCUGUGACGAAGCCUUUUACCUUAAAUGUAAGUAACAAAAACGACUCUUAA